AUGAGCCAGAAGUCGUUGAUCUACGCUUUCGUUGCUCGUGGAAACGUGAUUCUCGCUGAGUACACGGAAUUCAGUGGGAAUUUCAAUUCCAUAGCGUUUCAGUGCCUUCAGAAGCUCCCUGCGACAAACAACAAGUUCACUUACAAUUGCGAUGGCCAUACUUUCAAUUACCUCGCCGACAACGGCUUCACAUAUUGUAUAGUUGCAGAUGAAUCAGUAGGAAGACAGGUACCAAUGGCUUUUCUAGAGCGUAUCAAGGAUGACUUUGUGUCAAAAUAUGGAAGUGGAAAAGCUGCUACAGCUCCUCCCAAUAGCCUAACCAAGGAAUUUGGGCCAAAAUUGAAGGAACAUAUGCAGUAUUGUAUUGAUCAUCCUGAAGAGAUAAAUAAGCUUGCCAAAGUGAAAGCCCAGGUUUCAGAAGUAAAAGGAGUAAUGAUGGAAAAUAUCGAAAAGGUUCUUGAUAGAGGGGAAAAGAUAGAGCUUCUGGUGGAUAAGACUGAGAACCUUCAUAAUCAGGCACAAGACUUUCGUAACACAGGAACAAAGAUGAGAAGGAAAAUGUGGCUACAGAACAUGAAGAUCAAGCUCAUUGUUUUGGGAAUAGUGAUUGCCUUGAUCCUCAUCAUCGUGCUCUCUGUUUGCAAGGGGUUCAACUGUGGGAAGUAAAAUGCGGUUCUUGAAGAGGCUUUCAAAACUAUACUUUCUUUGCGAUAUUACUUUAAGGCAGCUAUCAAUUAUAUUGUAUGGCUUUGUAUGUAGACAAAUUUAGCCAUUCGGCUAUUCGAUCCAGAAGGAAUUGUUUUUUGCAUGACUGGACCUCUUUAAGCCUUUAUUAUGUUGUGAGAUUCUUUUGCGCUUGA